AACAACAAUCUUCAAAUGGAUAUAACUGCAAAAAGUUCAAAUGGCCUAUCAUUUCUGUUUCUUGAUUCAACACCAGUUAUGGCUAACACAACAAAUUUGAACUGUAUAUUUGAAGCUCUUUCACUCAUUCCCAAACUUCAUUGUGUUGAGAAAAUUCAAAAGAAAACAAAACCAGUUAGCUUUUUAAGCAAAAAGACAGAAGAAAUUCAAGAAAAGUUACCAACACAGACUACAAGAAGACUAGCAUUAGGCCUUGCUUCAAUUGCUUUAUUUGCAAAUUCUGGCAUUGGAAAUUCUCUAGCUGAAGAUAAUAAUGGAUUUUUUAUCACUGGUCCAUUACCAGUUCCUUCAGCAUCCAAUAACAUAAUAAACAAGGAGACGGGUACGAGAACAUUUUUGAAGAAAGGGAUUUACAUUGCCAACAUUGGAACAAAAGGGAGAAUCCAUAGGCUGAAAAGAUAUGCCUUUGAUCUAUUAGCUUUGGGAGAUUUGAUAGGAUCAGAUGCUUGGAAUUAUGUAAGGAAGUAUUUGCGCAUUAAGUCAACAUUCAUGUACUUUGAUUUUGAUGAAGUAAUCUCAGCUGCUCAAGUUAAUGAUAAGCAACCUCUAAUGGACCUUGCCAAUAGAUUAUUUGACAAUGUUGAAAAGCUUGAAGAUGCAGUGAAGCAAAAAAACUUGCCUCAAACACAAACAUGUUAUCAAGAAACAACUACAAUUCUACAAGAAGUCAUGGAAAAAAUGUCUUAAACUACAUAUAUUUGGAUUCUGUUUGUCAUUUUGUAGAUUCCCAAAUGAAUAUUGAAGCAUAUAUGGAAAUAGUAAUUUUCUUAUAGCAAGAGGAAUGUUACUAGUAAAUUUUGGAA